AUGAUACAGGCAAUUAGAGAAGCAGACGAGAAGAAGAAAGCUCAGGAAGCAAGGCUAACGGAGCAAGCAGAGAAGAGACGUGCAAGAGUGGAAUCCCGAUUACCAAAUCCAAAUGAAGGGGUGACUGGAACGCAAACCUCAGGAAGUGGACCAGCUCCUCGAGUCGUGGAUGUGGAAAGGGAUGUGAAGUUGGGAGGAGGUGAUGAUCGUAAAGAAGGAGGCGAUCAAAUAGCAAUUGAUGAUCAUAAUCAAGGUGGUGGAACUGAAGGAAACCCGGAUUCUGGUAUAUUGGGGAGCAAGAGUGAGCAGGAAUUGGAGGAUUCAUCAAUGGAGGACGUGAAGCCGAACUUGAAGAAGGCAAAACCACCGAAGAAGAGUAAGAAGAAGGCCUUGAAGGGGAAAGAGAAGAAGUUGUCCUCGUCGGAGUCGUCCGAGGAAGAGGUUGAAAGGAGAGGAGAGAAGGGGAGGACUUACGGGAAUCUGAUAGAAAAGGAUGAGAUUGGAAUUGGAGAAGGCGAAGAAGAAGAAGGAGAAGGAGAAGAGGAGGAAAGAGGAAGUCAAACAAGAAACGGAAACGAUCUCGCUCACCUUCGAGAGGCGACUCAUCCUCUUCAUCAAGUUCCUCCUCAUACGGGGAAUCUGAUUGUGACGCGCCGGGGCGAGAUGAGGAAGGCUCAGGGGUUUCAUCUUCAGUGGAUUCAGACUCCGACUCAGACUCCUCCAGCGAAGACAACGGUAAGAAGGCCAAAUGCCCGGCAUCAAGAAGGUGCUAAGGGUGGUGGUAAGCAGAGGAAGAAGAGAGGAGGGAACAGAGGGCAUUUUCAGAACUACUCAAAGCCGUACCAGCAGACAAGUCAGUCAAAUGGUAACUUCCAGAGGAGAGAAGGCGGUUCUGGGAAGGACUGGGUUGCUCUUGGACAACAGCACGCGAGUAGUGUGGCUUCUGGUUCUGGGAAAGGAGGGAAGAAGAACGGGAAAGGAGAUGGGACAACUGAUCGGUGA